GUGUUGGACCAGUUAAACGCUAGCUGGGGUUAUUAUAUGUCGUCUAACAAAAGACACAGGAUGAACAAUUCUAUAAUACCCAGUUAUACUUGUAGUGAGUCAUUCGAACAGUUGUGACUGGAGAGAACGGACAUAUCAUAUUAUUUUUUUUUAACAAUUAACUUUCACCAUGGAUGACGAAGUAGCCGCUUUGGUUAUUGACAAUGGAUCUGGUAUGUGUAAAGCAGGUUUUGCUGGAGACGAUGCCCCUCGAGCUGUUUUCCCCUCAAUUGUUGGAAGACCCAGACAUCAGGGUGUUAUGGUUGGUAUGGGACAGAAAGACAGCUAUGUAGGAGAUGAAGCUCAAUCUAAGAGAGGUAUCCUCACCUUAAAAUACCCAAUUGAACAUGGUAUUGUUACCAACUGGGAUGAUAUGGAGAAAAUCUGGCAUCACACUUUCUACAAUGAACUUCGAGUUGCCCCAGAAGAACACCCUGUCCUCCUUACAGAGGCUCCACUCAAUCCUAAAGCCAACAGAGAAAAGAUGACCCAAAUUAUGUUUGAAACCUUCAAUUCACCAGCUAUGUAUGUAGCUAUCCAAGCUGUAUUGUCCCUAUAUGCCUCUGGUCGUACCACUGGUAUCGUCAUGGAUUCUGGAGAUGGUGUUAGUCACACAGUACCUAUUUAUGAAGGUUAUGCUCUUCCUCAUGCCAUCAUCCGUUUGGAUUUGGCUGGUCGAGAUUUGACCGACUACUUGAUGAAAAUUUUGACAGAAAGAGGUUACUCCUUCACCACAACAGCUGAAAGAGAAAUCGUCAGAGACAUCAAAGAAAAAUUAUGUUAUGUUGCUUUGGAUUUCGAACAGGAAAUGCAAACUGCUGCAUCUUCAUCAUCCUUGGAAAAAUCAUACGAACUACCCGAUGGUCAAGUCAUCACUAUUGGUAACGAACGAUUCCGAUGCCCAGAAGCCAUGUUCCAACCAUCUUUCUUGGGUAUGGAAUCUGCUGGUAUCCAUGAAACCACCUACAACUCCAUCAUGAAAUGUGAUGUUGAUAUCAGAAAAGAUUUGUAUGCCAACACUGUAUUAUCUGGAGGAUCUACCAUGUACCCAGGUAUUGCUGACAGAAUGCAGAAAGAAAUCACAGCCUUAGCCCCACCAACCAUGAAAAUUAAAAUCAUCGCUCCACCUGAGAGAAAAUACUCUGUAUGGAUUGGUGGUUCUAUCUUGGCUUCUCUCUCAACCUUCCAACAGAUGUGGAUCUCCAAACAGGAAUAUGAUGAAUCUGGUCCAGCAAUCGUCCACAGAAAAUGUUUCUAAAAUAAUUAUCAGUAUUUUUCUGAGAAGGAUUGAGCAUCAGAUCUGAAAAAAACUAUUCUUGGUGAAAUGUUUCAAAAAAAGGUGUAAGGUUUCAUUGCAUAUAAUUCCAGAGUGUUCCUAAGGCUUUUAGAACUUUCUAAUAAAAAAAAAUAACAGUUAUGAAGUCGUUUCGAAAAUCAAUCACGCUGUAAUUGGAUACCCUAAACAAGGGUGUCCUAACGAAUCAUACUUGUGCACAUACUAAACUAUUAUAUAUUUUUUUAAAUUUGUUAAUGUUAAUAAUAAAAUAUGAAAAAAAAUCCCAA